CGACGGGUGUGUGCCCCUGCGGCAACAGCAGCAUCCCGGGCAGCUUGAUUGCCACUGAGCUCGAGCCCCUCCAACGUGAGCCAUUGAGACAAGCUCAAAGACCACUUGACGGAAGGCAAUGUCCGCCAUCGACAGAUGCAUUACCAUCAUCACUGCCAUCGCCACCUUCCUGACUCGUAGCCUGCCUCUAUCGCCAUCACCCAUCAUCGGACUGGAGCACCCAGACACCACCAACAUCCCUCUCUACCCACAUGUGGCACGACGACAUGCAACUCACCAACCAUGCAGCCACCGUUCUUCACGGGGUCAUCCCACCUCUCACAGGUGUAUCCGCCCGAACUUCUCGCCGUCGGGCUACCUCCCAGAUGCGAGCAGCGUCGGGCGUGUGCCUAGAAGAAACGGCACUACCAGCGCCAGUCGCGGCAACUCGACCGUCGGGCGAACUAGCAAGGGGGUGUGGAUAGCCACCGGGAAGGCAAUCUCGUUUACGCAGGGGGGCCACCAGUUGCACUCGAAGGCGAGCCCAUCAGUGCACCAGAUCAUGGUGGUGCAUGGAGUGCGUCAAGGAACCACUCGACGACCGGCAGACAUCACAUCUCCAAGCUGUAGCGGGUGUGGCCUGGUGCGACCGUGGCGAGACCAAGUGACGCCGAAUGCCAAAUAGCAGAAGUGAUUCAAUCCCGUCACAUCCAAUGCUGGGUGCAUCCGACCAGUCCUGCUAGCUAACUUCACACAUUACAUAACCAUGACUUUGCCAUUGAAGGCGGGACUCGAGAAAUGUAGCUGAGACUACUGUAACCAAGUAUGAGGAGUAUUGUGAAUUCAGAUUUGUCAAGCAAAGUCUCUCGAUCGAAUGUUGAAUUUUCCUCAACCAAGUCAUUUCAUCGAGUGGUCACUUCGCUGGUCGGAGACUACAGAGUUUUCUCGGGUGGGGAGUCAGAUAAUUAUUUAUCACGAUGCGACCAC